GCCAUGGUAACCCGGGAUCCCGCGCGCGCCGCCGACGCCGCCGCCGCAGUGAGUCACCGACGCACGCGCGCGCCACCGCGCCGCCCGAGCGAUCGUCGAGAUGACGUGACGGACGACGCCGUCGAGCGAUCGAUGACGUCAGCAUCCUGCAGCGAUUGACUGACAACUGUCAACAAGUCGUCCGUGCACGCGCAGCAGGUGAGCGAGCGAAGGCGCCGCGGAGUCACGUGACGCGUCCUCUGCUCCGUUGUUCUUGUUGUUGUUGUUGUUGUCGUUCCACGUCAACGCUGCAGUGAUUUCUCAGUUGUGCCGUGUUGCGUCCGUCCCGCGCACGUGCACGCAUUGUGCACUCUAUUAGGGACCUGCUGAGCACCACCAGCGGCAGCACGCAGUUGGAGCGCUCUGGCUGGUCACUGAUGUGCUUCCUAUCCCGCCAUCGGGGACUGACGAUGACGUCACCGCCCCGGUCGAGCCGGACUGAAUGUGACGUAGCAGUCGACUAAAAACAAGGCGAGGUGACGGCUCGCCGCGCAGCCGUCUUCCCUUUCGUGAGUGCGCCUAGGUUGCAAAUCGAGGUGCAACGAAUCAUCCGUCGAUCGUCAGUUUAGCCAAUAUCAAAUUCAUCAAGAAUGAUUUUUGAUGAUCCAUAGAGAAGAGGUUAGGGUUAGAGGAUGAGCGGACGAGCGAGCUUCUCAGGGGUUCUCCGAGACAAAGCAAAUCUUUGACGAUGGCACCGCGUCAGCAUCGCCGUCAAACCGUGACGCGUGUCGGUCAGCCGCCGGCGACGCUACACCGCGUUUACAUCGAUACCGCCGCAUCCCGUCUUUUACGAUCACUGGGCUUCAUCUUGUCAAAUCAAACAUCGUCGGGGAGACGGCACCAGAAAACGUUACCAUGGCGACGAUAACAACACCGGAUCUCGCCGACGUAUUGCGUCGCGUUCGGGUAAAAAAGGAGAAAAAGGCGGCGUCGUCACCGGCGCUCGGGAGGGGACGUUCAUUCAAGGAUUGCUUGAGGUAUGUUCACGUACUUUUAAUACGAUACGGCUCGUGAGCAGGCAACAUAACGUUAUGUAGCCUAGCAAGCUAGUGCUAGCGUUAAUGUUUGUACGGAAACAUGCCGGCGUUCUGUCCAAUCCUAAUCUAAGGUUUUGGGAAACAUCAAUAAAUGUUGACAACGCCGGUCGCAAUACGCAAUCCUAUUGGUGGACGUCGGGGUGGGGCGGCGGCGGCGGCGGCAUGUCGCAACUAUGCGCGACACUACAUCCAAAAAUCAAACAUGUCAGACUUUUGAUUCUGGCGCCUGUCGGUCGCGGAUUAUGGCACACGGCAAGAAGUUUUGUCGUUGCCGACAAUAUAUGGCGGGCGUGAUCCGGGAAAUUGGGCUCAUAUCGGCGCUAAAGUCCUGCAGUCUGAUCGCGGCAUUAGGGGAAGUCCGGACACCCUGCGGAGGACACUCAUUUGGGCCGCUCGUAGCCGCCAUCUUGUCCUUCGGGUCACGACCCGCAGAUCGUGACCCGAGCGGAGGUUCGGAACGGAGAUCGCCCGUUACGUCGAGAAUCCUUCGUCAGCAGGACGGACCCGUGCGGAGGCAAACGAUGAAUGAUUAAUUUGAUCGUCGAUUAGCUGUCGAUUGGCUGUUGCAGUGAACAUCAUCGGAUCCCUUUUGGAAGAAAAGUGAGCGAGUGUGAUUGACAGCGAAGUCAUCAAAUUGGACUCGUCGAUCGACCGAUCUGCCGUGCGGGUGAAGCUGUUGCCGUGGCAACGUCGGCGGCGUCCCCAUGCACGCUUACGCGCGCGUGUUUAUAUGUCACCCAAAGUACACGCGCAUGGAUGUUGAUCCGCGAGAGUAUCGCCAUGACGACCGAUGUUCGGCAGACGGCCGAGCGUCUCCGUCUCCACGUCGGACGGCGUCGCCGGGAAGCGACGUCGCGCGUCGUCCGCUCCGGACGGCCAAUAGGAUGAUCCCGCCCGAGCAGGAGAUGGAGGGCGAGGUGCGGACGUGGGCCGAGUCGCUGGUGGUGACGCUGGACGAGCUGGAGUGUAAAAUCUGCUACAACCGCUACGACGCUCGCGGCCGCAAACCCAAACUUCUGGCGUGUCUGCACCGAGUGUGCGCCAAGUGUCUCAAGAGGAUGGUGGACGUGGGCGAGUCGUCGCCGCCCGCCGUCAGCUGCCCUUUCUGCCGUCACGAGACUCUCGUCCCCGAAGAAGAGGUGUGGCUGAUGGAGGACGACCGUCACAUCCUGGCGGUUCUGUCGUGUCAGGACCGAGCUCGGCGAGGAGGAGGCCGACACGGAGAAGUUCUGCUCAGUCCCGACUCGCUGACAGGUGUACUUCAGCUCUCUCCCCGUGGGCAUCUACCUGCUGAUGAUGGCGCACACGUGGCCGGGCGUGGUUCUGGUCAGCCUGGUGCCGUCCACGCUGCUCCUGCUGGCGGUCUACGGCCUCUGCCGCUGUCUGUGCCACGAGCUCCUGGAGGCGCUCGCCGCUCGUUGCCGGGACGACGGCGCCGUAGCCAUCGCGUCCGCCGCCGACGACUAGGACGCGUCCGCCGCGACCUCGAGCGAGCGGACGAACACCUCGCGGGGGCCUCCCGCUCGGCGGCCAAUCGGAGACGCGCGGAGACAUCUCAUGACGUGGGGAAAAAAAAAGACAAAUCUCGAAAUUUUGGCCACACUGUAAAUAUAAGAUGCGCACCAAAUGCUGAUUUGUGUGUCGCCGCGUCUGCUACGUUGCUAGCAUGAGUUGUUUGCAAUGGAGAGUCACUAACACGAAAUUGUUUGAUUUUCGGGGGGAAUGUACAGUCAAUGCAAAUCCAAAACCGGUCAUGAAUGGACUUUUCAAGUAGAAAUGGUGCAAAUUCUGCAUCGCUGCUGAAGCCCAAGCUAACAGGUCAGCGCGAGGCUGCGAGGGUGUGCCCGUGACUGCACGGCAAAUGAUUGACAGCUCGUCGGUCACGCCCUCUCUCUCUGUGGGUUGAUCUUCCUCAGACACGGUGGUUUCUAUUCAUAAUAAUAAUUAAAAACAUAAAAUAAAAUAACUGCAAACUUUUUCAUUAUGAUGUGCACUCAAAAUACAAAUGAAUAAUAUGAAGAUGAUUCGUGGAGAGUUGAGUCAGCGAACGGAGCGCACCUUCGAUACGAACGGCAAAGGUGCGCUCCGUUUGCUCACGGGAACCAUUUUGAAUUUCACGCGAGUAUUUUGUGCGCUCGGUAUAUUUCUUGUCGUGUCGUGUCGUGUCUGGGGCGAACUUUUAGCACGACAGCAAGUAGACUGUCAGUGUUUUUGUGUGCCUGAGCCACCCGACUGUCACGUGUCACCUUAACAAAUACGCUGCUAGCCUAGCUUAGGCAGUGAGGUAUUAGCUUAGCAUUAAAACAAAAAAUACAGCGGACCCCGCUAUUCAAAAUGGUCUUUAUUGGCCAAGUCAGUUUAAAACGCACGAGGAAUUUGUCUCCGGUCGUUGGAGCCGCGAGAAUAAAAUAUACUUUUAUGGCCUACACAGGAAAGCGUUAAGGGACCCAAAAGGAAGUUAAUCUUUUUUUUUUUUUUUUUUUUUUAAAUCAGCCGACUAAUCGGUUAUCGGAAUUUCAUUCUGCCAAAUAUCAGAAAUGGCAUCGGCUUCAAAAGCUCGGAAGACGUACAAAGAGUCAUUCUGCGAUUUCGAGUGUCGAGUGGUGUGGCAAUACUGAUGAAUAACGACAAUUACGCAAAUAAUGCAGAGUGACGACGCUACAAUGCGGUCAUGAGCUCACGACGCAGUUCUGAGGCUGCGGGUUCAAAUCCGGCCUGGCCUGUGCUCCCCCCGCGCCUGCGUGGCUUUCCUCCCACAUCCCAAAAAACAUGCACGCGAGGUUCAUUGAAGACUCUAAAUUGCCUGUAGAUGUGAAUGGUUGCUUGUUUCUAUGUGCCCUGCGAUUGGCUGGCGACCGGUUCGGGGUGUCGCCCGAAGAGAGCCUCGAUAGGCUCGGGCACGGCCGCGACCCGAGUGAGGAGAAGCCGAACAGAAAAUGGAUGGAAAAAAAACGGGAUUGGUAAAAAAAAAAAAAAAGGAAUAAGCUAGGGUUUCAAACAACAGGGGAAAGGUUCAACAACAACAACAAAAUCGCCAAAUAAUUUCUUUCAAAAAAAGCGAUCAGCUCACAAAACUGUCAAUAACAAAUACCGCGAAUAAGCAACGGGAUAGGUUCAACAAUAAAUUCACAAAUAAUUCAUACUCAUAAAUGCAAUGGAAAAUAUAUCUUGAAACAUUUCCACGGUAAGCUGAAGAUGGCCACCGCCCAAAAAAGGAAUAAGUGGGAGAUCACAAAUCAGCAAAAUUCCCCAAAUCCGCCAAAAGGCGAAUCCUGGCAUGCCGAAGCAUACAAACGCAGGCGCGGGUCAACGGAUCGCAGCGUGGCGCGCAUUUCGCACGUGAUGCUAAUCUCCGCACUAAGCUAGGCUAGUAGCUAACCUAACGAGUCAACGUUCGCCUCGUUUCUGUGCAAUAUGAAGACAAUGAAAGUGCAUAAAAAUGCAACUUACGUUCAAUGUCGUCCAGGGGCGCGCAAACCUUUUCCUUUGAGGGCUGCUGACAGAAAACUGGAAGGAUGAGAGGACCACUUUGACAUUGUUCAACUUGAAUUCAUUAAACACACGAAAACCAAGCCAUCAAGUUAUUCGAGAUUGCUUUGAUAUACAGUAAUCCCUCGCUAUAUCAGAAUCAGAAUCAUCUUGAUUUGCCAAGUAUGUCCAAAACACACAAGGAAUUUGUCUCCGGUCGUCGGAGCCGCUCGAGUACGACAGGCGGUCACAGAACACUUUGGAG